ACUCUUAUUUGUGUAGUUCCCAAGUGCUUUGUACUAAAAUAAUCAAAAGAUUAAACAUGUUUGCAUCAAAAACUGUCAUUAUUGCUGCCAUCGUUGUCGUCAUUGCCAUGUGCUUUACCACAUCAACAAAUGGCAUUCCAGCCAUUGGCUAUGGAAAACGAUUUGAUACCAUGGGUGGAUUGGAUUAUAUUCAAGUUUGUCUUAAUAAUUGUGCACAAUGCAAGAAGAUGUUUGGUGACUACUUCCAAGGACAAACAUGCGCUGAAUCAUGCUUGAAGUUCAAAGGAAAAGCCAUCCCCGAUUGCGAAGAUAUUGGUUCGAUUGCGCCAUUCCUCAACACCUUCGAAUAAAUUUAUUCGUGAUUUAAAAAACAAAACAAAAAAAAAAAAAAACCAAUGACACUCUUCUGGAUUAACUAUAUUUUUAACUUUUUAAAAUUUAUUGCUUUAUAGUAGCUUAUGGCAUAUGGGCUUCUUUUUUAUGUCGUUUGUGACUGAAAUUCAUGUGCUGUUUUUUGUUGCGCUUUGGAUUAUUUAUUUAUUAAUUUAUAUUUAAAAAGUAAAAAAAAAAGAAGAAGAAUUUUAAGUCACAUUGUGAAGUGACAGUAUUAACAGUAAGAGACUGCAUAGUUCCUAUUUACAUUUAUAAGUUUAAUAAUGAAAGA